AGAGAGACCAAUUCGGCAUGCCCAGACUGUGUAGGCAAAGCGACUCGGUAGGCAACAAGUAGCUUGCCGGGGUCGUCGAGGCUGAGCUUGCUUCGCCACUGCUCAAGUUUGUGGCCGAGCAGUAAAAGCCUCGUACGGGGCCUGCAAGAAGGCACACAGUUUGGGCUUCUUCCCUUCCCCAAGCUGGACUCGGGGUCCCUUUUUAGAGCCUUGCAGGCACCAGAAACCAUGUCGCUGACUUCUUGGUUCAAGUGGAAUGAACCUCCAAGACGAAUGUCCCAAAGGAGUCCCACAGAAAUGGUGGUGGAAACCCUUAUGAUGGAGCUGGACUGGCAAAUCAAGGAAGCUGAGAAACAGCAGCGGGACAGAGAGAAUGAGUACCGCAAGAUAAAGACAGGUGUGGACUAUAGUUGGCUGAUCAGCUAUCAGAAGCACAGCUAUGAUAUCAGUCCAGGGGAACGUCUGCAACUGGAGGACUUGUGUUCCAAAAUAUGCCCUUCAUACUGUGGUCCUGUUAUUAUCAGAUUCCGGCAACUCAUUGCUGAAUAUGAACCAGAAGCAACAGAAGUAUCUCGGCUGUUCCGUUCUGCUCUCCAUGAUGUUAUUGAGAAAAUGAAAGAGGAAGAAGCGGCAAAUAAGCUUGCCAGGCAGUGGAACACAAAGCACAAAACCAGCCUUUCCCUCACAAAUUUCAGGUCCCGUUCCAGAAUUUCCCCAUUCAGCAGUGACAUCAAGACCAUUUCAGAAGAUGUUGAGAGGGGCACUGAUCCAACCAGGAGAGUAUGGAGCAUGCCAGAGUUCAGGAGUACGAGGGAUUACUGACUUUGUUUACUUAUAACAAUAAGAUUUUAGAGACAGACCAUUGUAUUUAUUUAUUUAUUACCCAAUUGGGUCUGUGUGUCAUUUUUGUCUUCUAUCCAGUUGACCCUUUUUGCCCUUUUCUAUGGAUAAAUUCACAUGAACACUUUGAGGGCUUCUUUUAAUCCAUGCAUCUGAAGUUUUAUUGUGCAGUCAAUGAAUGUGUGCACGGUGAAUCAUUGAUAUGGUUUGGCCUCACCAAUACAGAUGGACAGCUUUGCAAGCUAUGGUGUGGGUAAAAGAAUCCCAUACAGCUGAGCCAAGUGAUUUUGUUUUCAAAAGUUUGAAAAAGAAGUCCAGAAAAGUGGUUAUGAGGAUAAACCCCAUGUGUCUCUUUUGUCCUGUGUGUGGAUAUCUCCCUCUCUCAUUGUGUCCAUAGGAACUGGAGCUGAUGCACAUUUAUAGAUCGCUCUCUAUAGCAAUCCCUGACAGAAAUUUAUUGCUUAUCCAGGAUAGACCUGCCCAGUGGAGACCCAACAUUUAUUUCUGGUGACCAGUAGAGAAAUCUUAUAGUAACCACCUCCCUCCCCAAUACCAUGAGUAACUUUCUUUUAAGGCUGGGAGAGGCAAUGUGUGACACUUCCCGAACAGUUCCCAUCUAUGUCUUCUACCGAAAUAUUGUCAACCUCACUAUUAAGGGCUGGAGUUACACAUCCCAGCCAUUGGUUGUCUUCUACACAAUUUCUUUUCUGGGCAUCAGGUUCAAAAGAUACAUGAUCACUUUUCUGUUGUGAUGUAGGAAAUAUAAAAUGAAUUCCACUGAUUGUUAGGAACAGUUAUUGACUACUAUGUCAAGUCAACAUUUGUGGGCCUCUCUGAAUACUAUUCAUCAUUUAAAGGCCAUUUCUAAUUUUUUUGUUUUGGGUGAUUUUUCCUCUUUGGAAACAAAUAGUUGUAUGAUCCCACCCUGAUAUGCCCUUGCUUUGAUCAGUUCCUUGCCUGUAUUGAAUGUCUCCUGGUGAAAAUGAAUCCCAUGUGCAGUUUUGUUGAACAUGAGACUGUGCUAUGGAAAUCUUCAGAGGGCCCUCUCUGUCUUGUUCCUGGUUUUAGGUAACAGGGAGGAGGAGCAGGGCAUCAUUUCUGUGGUGCAGUUCGGAGGCAGUUGCUGCUGUACUUAUAUCUCUUACUUUGAAAUAAGCGGUAACUUCCAUGCUUUUCUUCUCUUCUAGAAGAAAUACAUUUGUUUCUGAACAACACUGAUGCACAUGGAAGCUGCCCCUUAGGCACACAAAAUGCAACCCUAGUUAGAAGGGAUUUCUGAACAUUACCUCACUUUAAUCCAGUCUUAGUUACUGCAAAGUCAAGGCUUUUUAUUAGCAGCUUCUUUGCAUUGUCUGCAUUUGCAUGCAGAAGGCAUGGUCCAGGCCAAAGUUAAAUGUCAUUGAUAGCAAUAUGAAAGAUGUAGGUUGUGUUUAGGCCUCCAUUGAAAUCAGUGGUACUUGGACAUAACCGUGGUUGAAUCUGACUCAUUCUGUCUUUUGCACAGAAUGCUAUGGGCAUGUUUGUAAUCUUCAGUAUGCAGCCAAGGCCAGGCAUCAGCUCUUGUUGAAAUUUGAGAGAUCUGAUCUCUUAGAGCUGUGACUUGAAGGUGAACAGGACAGCCAAGGUUCAAGUGCUUCAGGUAAUAAAUAGCUGAGUACUCUCAAGCCUCCAGCAAUGAUGACCUCAGGGUCAUGGGGUUUUAAAGGCAAGAGAUGAGCAGAGGUGUUUUGCCUUUCUCUGCCCAGCUCCCUCAGGCUUCCUUGGUGAUCUCUCAUCCAAGUACUAACCAUAGCUGACCCUGCAUAGUUGCCAAGCUGUGAUGACAGAGGGAUAGUCUGGCUAUUAGGAUGCUGUUAAAUUUUCUUCUGGAAUGAUUUUGCUAGAUUUAUAUUCUAACCGUUCAAGCACAAGAGGAGAUUGUGAUGCAUAAUUUUUUUUAAAGUCUUUCCAGACAAAAAGUUUUCUCUCAAAAUACCAGCAAAUGGCAUUAUUAUUCACAAAACAAACUCAGGGCUUCCAUUUGUUACAACUCAUUUGACACAGACCAUUUAAACUCAGGUUCAGAGGAAGAGAUCAAAAUGUUGACAAUCAUACAAUUGCUAUGCCAUUUUCUAUGUCUCUGAAUAUUUAAGGCAAUUGUAUACAGUUUUUUCUAAGCUCUGUUUUUCAUAGAGAGAGACUCGUACAACUAAAAUUAGAAGCUAAGAGUGGCUUCUGGCUUAAGAUUCUCCUCUCUUACCUUUCCUGAAGUGGACACUGAGACGGUGGGGGAGGGGCUGCCCCAGCUGAGUCUCUGAUUAUUAAUAGUGUAUUUUUGAUAGGACACUUUUUCAAAGGUGAAGUUUCUUGGGGUAGAACUGAUUUCUUUUCUGUCUAGUGCUUGCAUGUUUGUGUUCCCCACCCCCACAUGGUUGCUUUCAGAAACUAAUAAUAAAAUAAACCACUAUGCAUGAAAAGCUGUUUUCCAACAAGUCAGAUGAUCAAGUUUUGUAUCUAAUGUGUAUCUAUACAUAUGCAUUGUAUUAAAUUCUGAAAUACAUCCUUUUAA